CUCCCUGAGGGCGGGGAAAAGACAUUGAUUUUUUUUUUUUUUUUUUUUUUUAAGAAUAACUUCACAACAUUAAAACAAAACAGGAUUGGUGCUGCUGUGAACUGAGGAAGGGUCUGGAGGUGAGAGCCGUUGGCGUGACACACUAAAGGGCUUUGCAGGAUCAUGUUUACCUGUCGCUUGCCUUGGUGGAGAGCCAGCGCUGCCUGCAAGCCGUGGCAGUCGGGUCGCUUGCUGCCUGUUGUCUCGGAGAGGUGCCAACCGCCGAGUGGUAAAGGAAUCAACACAACCACAGGGCAGGGGCAACAGGUUGAUGCACAGGAGAAACAAGUAUUAGAAGAUCUGGUAAUGCCCCUGGCAAGGAAAGAAACCGAGACCCUCUUCCAAGAGCAGCCUGAGACUGGGAACCAGUAUUUGGAAGAUGCUUUGCUUCGGAGUUACUUGAAGACGCACCUUCCUCCCAAGGUACUGGAGGAGGUGAAUCAGGACCUGGAGAGAUUUGGAAACCGUCUGCUAACCCAGAUCAAACCUCUAGGGUGGGAAUGUGAGUUGAACCCCCCUGUGUUUCGGCAGUAUGAUGCCUGGGGGCGGCGGGUGGAUCACAUAGUCACCUGCUCGGCCUGGAGGAGGAUGAAGGAGAUUGCGGCAGAAGAGGGGCUGAUUGCUGAGGCCUAUGAGAGAAGAUACUCCAACUGGAGCCGUCUGCAUCAGGCUGUCAAACUGUACUUAUUUUCAAGCUCCUCUGGAGGUUUCAAUUGUCCGCUGGCCAUGACUGAUGGGGCAGCCAAAGUCAUUGAGUCACUAGGUAUUCCUGGAUCUCUGAAAAACGCUUUUGACCACCUGACGUCCCGUGACCCCAAGAAGUUCUGGACCUCUGGCCAGUGGAUGACUGAGCGCAGGGGGGGCUCUGAUGUUGCUAACGGCACUGAGACGGUGGCCAGAAAGCAGCCAGAUGGUACAUAUCGUCUCUAUGGUUUUAAAUGGUUUACAUCGGCUGCUGAUUCUGAUGUGACAUUAACCCUGGCCAGGGUAGCGGAUGCUGAAGGACAAGUAAAACAGGGUUCCAGUGGCCUGUCCCUGUUCUUCCUGAAGGUUCGAGACGAGGAGGGGAAGCUGAACAGCAUCCAAGUGCAAAGGCUGAAAGACAAGUUGGGCACACGGCAGAUGGCAACAGCAGAGCUAUGGCUAGAUGGAGCUCCAGCAGAGCUGAUCUCUGCAGAGGGUCAUGGAGUGGCCUCCAUCUCCAACAUGCUGAACAUAACUCGGAUCCACAAUGUCAUUUGUGCAGUAGCUUCCAUGAGAAGGAUGAUCAGCCUGAGCAGGGAGUACGCCCGUAGGCGGGUUGCCUUUGGGAAGCUCCUCAAGGACCAUCCCCUGCACAUGCAGACGAUAGCCCGGAUGGAGGUGCAGACACGAGGGGCGUUUCUUCUGCUUAUGGAGAUCGUUCGUCUGCUUGGACUUGUAGAAACCAACAUGGCAAGCGAGGAAGACCAGCUUCUCUUGAGACUGCUGGUACCAGUCGCCAAACUGUACACUGGGAAGCAGGCUUCUGCUGCUGUUAUUGAGGGAAUGGAGAGCUUUGGAGGACAAGGUUACAUGGAGGAUACAGGCUUGCCAGUCAUAGUCCGCGAUACUCUGGUGCUGUCCAUAUGGGAGGGAACAACAAAUAUCCUGUCACUUGAUGUCCUGCGAUCCCUCUCCAAGAGUCGAGGACAGGUGAUGGCUGUGUUCUUCUCCUCAGUGCAGAAAAAACUGGAGCUGGCUUUGAGCACUGCGAAACUGGAACCCGCCGUGAAGCAAGUGCGGGAUGCCAUCAGCGGUCUUGCACAGUUCAUGCAAGGAGCCGGUUCAAGGGGGGUGGUGACCAUGGAGCUGGCAGCAAGAGACUUCUCCUACACCCUGGCAAGGAUCUACGCAGGAGCUCUUUUAAUUGAGCACGCAGCUCAGCCUGAUGCUUCCUCCACAGACAUCUCUGCUGCUCAAAGGUGGUGCAACCAGGAGCUGUGUCCUGUGGCCACAGAGUUGGGGAACAGGAGCUACGAGGCCGAGGAAGCGCUCGCGGACAGCGCGCUGGUGUACGAGGGCUGCCCCGCUGGCGGCAGCAGGCUGUGACUCGCCAGAGGCGACUGGGAAAGCCAAACCCCAGGGGAAACAGCAGGUUGGUUCUACUCCAAAAAAAUAAAUCACAAAAUCCUCAGACAGCCACGAAUUUACAGGCACGGUGGGGACGUUCCGCCAGGGGCCAAACCGAAUCCUUCUGGAGUGAGCUCCAGCUGCACCACCCGCUCCAGCCUGAGCCCCACUGCUGCUGCGCAGUUACUUGCCAGCGCAGCCACUGAGGGUCAGCGCGAGGUGCCGAAACGUUCUUACCGUGCUUUAGGCAAAGACUAAGCGAUCAAAUCCAGAUAACGACUUGAGGCAGCGGCUCUUCGAGUGCCAGCCAGUGUUCUUUUUGAAGAAAAGCAACCAGAAUCAAACUGAAAAUUAUUAGAAGCUGAAUAAAUAUGGAAAACCCCACCAUUUUUCCCUGUUCACCUUCUUGCUUUCCAACGCUACGCAGUCUUCUGCUCCGGCACCUACCAGGGACAGGAUUUUCUUCCCGGGCAGCCUCUGCCGCCUGCACAGCCAAGGCUGGCUCGUCCCUUCGUACAGGCCACCUCCGUGAGAACUGCUGCGCUGGGCUCAGCCACCGAUCUCGGCAACUCCUUGGGCAAAACAAAGCCUUCGUAGCCAAACUUUCCCUUUUCCUAGCCAAGGCUGCUAAGGUAGUCACAGGGCAGCGCUUAGUCUGGCUUGUGAUUUUUCCUUUUAGAUUCUACCUUGUCUCAAACAAGCUUUGCUUUGACUUUCAAUUACCCUGGAGCAGGGGCUUCACCUUCAGGCGUACUGCUGGGCGCCUUGUCCCUUCUAACGCUGCCAGCUCCGCCGAGAUGGGCGAGGAAAAGGUUCUGGACCUGCUGCGUGUCAGGCACGGGGCGCAGUAAACUGAGAUCUGCAGCUCCGUAAACAGCGUCAACAUCGACGCUGCUUGGCAAACAGCUUAGGGGAGGAGGUAAUUUCAAUUACAUCACUCAAAUUACAUCAAAACUCUACAAGUUGGUACCAAAAUUAAAGAAAAAAUUAAUUUUCUUAAUAAAGCUUUUUAAACUCUC